ACCUGGAAUUCCGUUUCCGGUACACGAGCGAACUGGAUGGCUUAUUACGCAAAAAGCAGAAUUUCGUGUUGUUUAAAGGCCCGAUAGGCAAUAAUAUAUAAACAAUGGCUGACGACAAUUUAGAUGACUUCUUUGCAAAGAAGGACAAAAGCAAGAAGAAGACAAAGUCAUCAAAACUAACUCCAAGUGACAUUCAAGCAAAAUCGGAAGAAUCUGUCAAAAAAGAGAAAAAGUCGAAAAAAGACAAAGACAAGACACAGUCUUCAAAUUCGUCCACAAUAACAGACAUUUCAGGAUUAAUUGUAAACCCCAAAGAGGAGGAGGAAUGGAAGGAGGUGGAGGAGGAGAAGGAAAAAGAUUACUCUGGACUGCGGAUAGCCAACCUGCAGAUCGCAGACAAGGUUGAAGAGGGUGAGGAGGAGGGAGAUGAAAACCAGGAUGAGGAUAACGAGGAUGGGGAGGGGAAAGAGCGCCGAGACAAGGGAGAGCAGGGGCCCUGGAAGAGCGGGGCCACAACUGCACCUACAGCUGUACAGCCAGAGCACCCAGCUACCCCUGUAGAAGAGCCAAAGAAGGAGGAGCCUAAGCCGACAGGAAAGUACGUGCCUCCUAGUCAGCGUGCGGCGGCAGCUGCGGGGGGAACCACCACCCCCUCGGGCCCCACUGUGCCCUCUCACCUGCGGAGGAAGAAGGAGAUGCCCAACCUGAAGAGUGAGGAGGAGUUCCCCACCCUUGGAGGCAAUGCCCCACCCAUUCCAGUCGAUAGGUACGUUCUCUCAGUUGUUUGUUCCUUGGAGCCAAUGCCCCACCCAUUCCAGUCGAUAGCGAUCCAACCACUUUUGAGCGUGUACAGCACGGUGGUAGACAGAUUGACGACCCCACUAAGGUAACUCAACAGCUCUCCCUAGGAAACAAGUUCUCAGCUCUACAAGAUUGACACAACCAAAAUACUUAGUGGCACCAGUGCAGAUUGUGUUUUGAAAUACAUAAAUGUCAGUUGUAUAAUUUCAAGUAUCGCUGAUUAUGUUUGGAAUUUAUGUGAACAUUGCUUGUGAAUGUUCAUAAAACUGAAAAACGUUGUUCGGGCCCAUUUGUAGUGUUAAGUAAUCAAUAUCUCUCAAUCGCUUAAGAAAUGUGCUUAUUUUGAAAAUGAAACAGUAGUAACAACAUUGAGUUUUAUAGCUUGUGUUAAAAGUUAAAGGGGGAAUCUUUGACUUAUUUGAUACUAAAAUAUGUACCUACUGCCUAUUGGUAUAAGUGAUUACGAUUUUGCAGAAGAGCAUGUUGCUUAAAUAAGAAGAAAUCACCAAUAUUUUGAUUUCAAAGGUCAUGGAAUUAUUUGAGACAUAUUCUGGGUAAAUAAGGCUUAAUGCAUGUAUGUAAAGUGUCAUCUGAGAUUAGCCAGUGCAGUCUGCACAGUCUUUUGAGUAACAAUUCUUUCAAUGUAAACUGGAUUUUCAUUUUUAAGAGGCUUCCUUUAAAUGAUGAAUUCCAUAAAAGUGUAAGUGUCAUCCAUAAUUAGCCUGUGCUGACUGCACAGCCUAAUCUGGGACGUUAUGUUAGGACAUGCAUUUAGCCUGCAUUUUCACAAGACUCAUUUUUUUCUUUCAAAGGUUAUGGUAUUAUUUAAUUUUGUUUCAGAUCGGGUUCUUUAGCAUGGUUUGUGUAAUCAAUUAUUAUGGAAAUUGUCAUGAAAUUUUUUCUACAUUUUCUUGAAUUUUUAAAGGAUCUUCUAGUAUUAAAAUACUCACUUUUUGGUAACAUAUUGUCUCAUUUAUGAGUGCUUAAUAAGUGUCUGUAGCAUCAAGAAUAAGCAGAAUUAGUAGAAAUACAGUAAUUAAUAUCAUACUUUCUUGGAAUUUUUUAGGAGUUAAUUCAAACUUCAGGAAAGACUUGUUUGUCAUGUAUACUCUUUAUACUGAUAAUAAUGUGGGAAAUGAUAGCAAAAUUUGUAUAUUUUUUCGUAUCUGUUAAAUGUUUGAAAAAUAUUCUUUUCUGUUCAAAAUUGUAUUUAAAAAUAUCAAGUGUGUAUAUGAACAUAUUGGAUAUUGCUAAAUGUUGGGGUUUCUUGAUAAUAAUUUAAACCAAUGUCUUGCAUAUUCUGUGCUAAUUUGUUAUGUGCUAUAGGUAUGUUGCGAUUUAAUUAGUGGCAUGUUUAUGGUUUUUGUUUUGCAUAGAGUAGAAUUCAUUAGUGGAAGCCACAAAUCACUAUUUGUUGUACAUGUAUUUCAAAGCUCUUGGAUUUUUUUUGUGGAAAAGGCAAAAAGUGUGCAUGAAUACUGUAGGACAAACUGCACACAAAAUGACGACUUUUUAUGUGGAAAAAGAUGUAAUGUAAUAUUAUUUAGUUUAUUAUGAGCAAUCGCAGCCAAUUGUUGGUAUCCUGAAUAUACAUGUACUUUAGUAAAUAUUCUGACUCAAGUAAGAGUUUUUCUUUAUUUCUAAAGUUUGAGAAGGAAAUGUGCAUAUUCUAAUAGCUGAGAUUUAAAAAUGUUUGUGCUACAACAUUAACAAUACUCAGAUGAGUGGAAACUCAGAUCUUAUCUUUUGAGUUGAGCUAAAGAGUUCAGAAUGUUAAUGAUUCUCGGCACAGGUGGAUACACAAACUUUCUCUGGCCCAGAGGCGACAUUGUUACAGUAUAAAGAAUAUCCCAUGUAUUCUGUGUUCUUCUGUAUAAACUGUGGACUAAGGCACUUGAUGGCAUUACCAUUUUGUAUCUGCUUCCAUAUGUGCCAUGGGGGGGGGGGGCUAAGCAUGAUUGACAUCAGCAGAUUCUUCCAUCAUAUGGGUGUUGUGUCUUGUAAAUUGUUUUCAGUCUUUUAUGCUUAAUCUGAUAGGUUUGUUAGGGCUAUUUGCACCACAGCUUGCGAAAAUGGGUCUUAUGCCAUAUGCAGCCAGUGUAGCCUCAGAAGGGACUGUGCGGCCAAUAUCUUACAUGACUUUAUAGUGGAUAGGAAGAUACAGACCAGACUGUGCGGAUGUGAUGACUGGUCUGGAGCUAUGCUGGCUGCGUAUGGCACAAGAUGUAUGUUUGCUCAGUGUGACUCUUGUGUGAUAUGGUCCUCAUAUAAAUCAUGUUAAUUAUAUUCUAACUGCACAAUAGAUCUGUGUUUUCUCGUAUUACCUAAUAUAAACGGAAUUCCCCAAUUACUAAGAUUGUUUAUAGUGUAAUAGCCAAUUCACUCCAUUAAAAUGCUAGAAGAAUAUGGCAGAAAAUAUUGACAUAAUUGUUAACAAAUAGGACUACAUCUGAUGUAAGUUGGCUAGUUAAGUUUUUUUUUAAAUAAUGCAGUAUAACUGAAACAAGAACACUGGUCAUUAUUUAAAGUUACCUACCGAUAUUUGUAACCAAACUGUACUAUAUUUACAAGAAAAGAAGGAACAUAUAUUUUGAAAUUGUUCUAAUGAUAAAUGAAGAAAAAUAAAGUUAAGAUAAGAAA